AGCCUGCAAACCCUCCCCAUCAAAGCUUAGAUGAUGUCGAAGAAGUUCUCACACUCAAAGUCAGAAUGAGGCAGUGAGAAGUCGGAGAGUCAAGGGAUAAAAAGGAGCUGUUGACGUUGACGUUGACUACGACUACUAGGGACACAAAUUUGUGCCUCGGCAUCCGCGGUCGGUCGGUCAGCCAUCGCCAACACCACCAACCGAUUCUACUACUGCGCCUGUGAGACAUGACUCUUUUCUAGCCGAUUUUCACAUUCACCCAACAAGUGUCGAGUACUCGUUGCGCUGAAGAGGAGGCCCCAUACUACGCAAGAACAUGCGGACGCCUCUCGAGACCUUCUAAGCGAACAUGGCCAGUCUCGAACACGAGCUUGAACAUCCCAAGAAGCGUCGACGGCGUGAGAUUUCCCGCCGACCUGUAGCGGCUCGUCUGGCUUUCGACGACACCACCCAGGCUCACACUGCCUCGGUGCCACAAACUCUUUGGAGUCGACUUGUCUCUACGGAGAAUAGUGAGUCGCACAAGAUUCCUUGGAUUCAACGUGGUGCUGACUGUGGAGAUUCUGAAGAUGCUCGCCCACCCACAGCAGAACUGUUUAUAGCACUUACUCCCUGGUCACCCUUACACGACGACGUGCAGGAGUCAAUAUGGACCGUCGUCUCUGCCCAGCCGCAGGAACCUCACCCCCGAACCGAGUCGCUCGAACAGUCCGAUGUCAUCAAGCUCUCCUCCUCUUCCCUGGCCUGCCAGUCGCUGCUGAAGACGUACUCAGCGAUCGAUCGGGAUCGUCACCCAGGCCACGUACCAAAAUUUAUCGAAGUUCGGGCUAUCGCGACAAAACCUCUGGUGUUGGAAACGCUCUACGUGUCGGUUGAAAAGAAUCUGCUCGAGAAGGUGGAUGACAUUCAAGCCAAAUUCGGCGGAGGCUUUCAAUAUGGGAAAAAUUCCAGAUUAGACAAGAGACAAGGGUGGGCCAAUGGUGUUUUACAGAACGUGCCGGCACAUGUCUCUCGCAUGGCUUCUCUCGUUCGAGAAGCACUUUCUCAAAUGCAGAUCAUUCACAAUGGAGAUGUAUUCCCUCUGCCACUCCCGGCGCAUCCUAUCACCCAUGUCCGGGCCCCUCCAGCCAUUGUUGUUGAAUGCGAACCAGUAUCUCAGGGCCGGAUAUCAGACAAAACAAAGAUUGUACUUAUCCAGACCGGUUCAUCGCAGGAGAAGGCGUUGAAGAGGCUUGGACCCGUUCAGCCUAUAAUCGAAGAGUCUCUUGAAGAUACGGCCGAAGACACCUCCAAUGAUCAAUUCUACUCGGCAGCGGAAGACGGACACACUGAGACGGGGUCUGAUGAGGGUGAUGGCUCGGACGACGAUGCUGAGAGCGAUGAUGCAAGCCGUGAGGAGAGUGACGAAGACUCUGAUUCUAUGGAUGAUAUGAUCUCCCUGAGUGCUCCAGGAUUACCGCCGCAGCAAGCAGGCACGCUUUCGGCCAUGACAGCUGCGACACCCAGGCCUGGGGGAAAGCGAGCCACCGGAACCCAUACACCCGGCUCCCUAUAUUCAAGCUUCACGUCAACUACAACAAGAGGCGGAAAUCGACCGGGGAAGGUCUUCAGAACAGAAGCGCUUCUGCGCAAGGUCCCAUCCGAUUUGAUGCAUCCUAAGCCUAGCCCUGACGAGGACGAAGAGUCAUUUAUAUUCGUCGACACGAGUAUGCUGGCAAAGAUAGGAUGCUUCUCGGGUGACUGGGUGCGCAUCGAGGUGGCGAGGAACGUGAGCUCUCAGGGUUUUGCACCAUCACUGAUGCGCUCCUUCAGCGGCAUCGCUGACGAAGAAGAUUCCGAUUGGCGAACGGUUCGAGUCUUUGGCAUAUCAGGAUUAUCGAGCCAGCAACCUCGAUACGCCGUCGACAAGACAGGUGACAGACGAUCGAGCCUCUCGCAAAGAGAUCUACAAUUGCCGAUGUCGCCUGCACUCCUUCUCUCCCCAAUACUACUUGCCAAUCUUACCAAUGCUCAAUUCGUCAAAAUUGGUGCCUUACCACAAGCCCCACGUCACGACCAUAGACCGUCUCAAACGAGCCGUUCAAGUAGCUCGAAAACUCCGCCACUGGCCAAAGAGAUCCAAUUCUCGAAAAUCGCAGAUCCAACCACCACCAAUCCUGCACUGCAGUCUACGCUGUUCUCUUCUCUCAAGCAUUACUUGGAAGGCAGAAAGCGCAAAUUAAAACGAGGCGAUAUCCUUGCGGUGCCAGUGGAUCAGGAACUCGGGAAGGCCAUGUUUUCCAGUGGUUCCGAAGGCAACACAGGGGAUGAUGAGACUGUGACCAGGCUCAAUAGCCCGACAACAUCGGGUUCUCAACAAUUCGCGCUCGCGUGGUUUCAAGUUCAACAGGUCGACUUUGAGAAAUCCGACGGCGAAAGUGGCCAAGGUGAAAAUACCUGGGGUGGUGUUGUCACUCUUGAUCCUUUGCAAGCUCAUGUGUCUCAGAGUGGAAGCAGUGUUCAGUCUGUUUCGCAUCUGACCGAGACUUGGAGUCGAUACUGGUUUGGCAUACAGAAGCUUCCGCAGCAGAAUUCACACAAAGUCGAUCAUAUAUCUACGGCCGCAGACAUUCCCUCCCCAGAAAAGUUGCCGCUAGAGAAGCGCCUGAAUGGGCUCAUAUCGGCGGCGGUGAGCAAUCGGGCAGUGAAUCUUGGCCUCCCUCCGCUCGUAAUACUUCUACAUUCGAACCAACGGCAAAUUGGCAAAUCCUACAUCGCCAACUCGGCUUGCUCCGCAGCUGGCGUUCAUACAGUUCCCAUCUCUGUACAUGAUCUGCUGUCUGAGAAUGCUGCCACGACUGGUGGCGGAGACGUGAAGACGGAAGCACUCUUAAGGACACGAGCUGAACGUGCGCUCUCGGGAGGCUCUCAGCAAACUGCGCUGCUCAUCCAACAUAUCGACGCACUGACGGCGGAUAGAAUGGUGCCGACAUUGCAGGAGAUAAUAUCAUGGUCUCGUGUGGUGAUUGCAACGACAUCGAAGAUUGAUGACAUUCCAGCAGGCAUUCGGAGUCUAUGUUCUCAUGAGUUCGAAGUGACGGCACCAGACGAGUGGGCAAGAGAAAUCAUCCUGCGGAAUAGCUGUACAUCGAUCUCGACAGCUCUGUCCAGCAGCGUCAAUCUCAAAACCGUCGCUCUGCAGACUGCUGCUCUGGUGGCUGGCGACCUGCUUGAUGUCGUCAGCCGUGCCUCACUUGCGCGGUACUCGCGUCUACUGUCUCUGGCAGAAUCCCAGUCUUGCGACUUGUACGAUGUCUACGUGUCUGGAGGUCAAGCGGCCACGUGCCUGCUUCCCAGCGAUUUCAGCCGUGCCAUUUCUGCCGCUCGAUCUACAUUCUCCGAUGCCAUUGGUGCUCCAAAGAUUCCAACUGUCACUUGGCAAGACGUUGGUGGCCUUUCCUCGCAGAAGGAUGCCAUUAUGGAAACGAUAUCCCUACCCCUUACUCACCCAGAACUUUUCGCAAACGGCAUCCGGAAACGAUCCGGAAUUUUGUUCUAUGGGCCGCCGGGAACUGGAAAGACGUUGCUCGCUAAAGCUAUAGCGACUGAAUUCAGCCUUAAUUUCUUCAGUGUCAAAGGUCCCGAGCUUCUGAACAUGUACAUUGGAGAGUCCGAGGCGAAUGUCCGCCGGGUUUUCCAGCGUGCUCGAGAUGCUCGUCCAUGUGUGGUCUUCUUUGACGAGCUGGAUUCCGUUGCCCCAAAACGUGGAAACCAAGGUGAUAGUGGUGGUGUCAUGGACCGAAUCGUUUCGCAACUCCUGGCUGAACUUGAUGGCAUGUCAGGCGGAGGCAGCGACGACGACAACUCAGACGGCAAAACAUCAUCAAACGCUGGAGGUGUCUUUGUCAUUGGCGCCACGAAUAGACCGGAUCUUCUUGAUCCUGCCCUUCUCCGACCUGGCCGUUUCGACAAGAUGCUCUAUCUAGGAGUUGCGGACACGCAUGAUUCACAAGUGACGAUACUGAAAGCACUCACUCGUAACUUCACACUCGCGCCGGAUGUGGACCUGGUCCGAGUCGCCAGUCGAUUGCCCUUCACCUAUACAGGUGCAGAUUUAUAUGCACUGUGCAGUGAUGCCAUGCUCAAGGCCAUCACUCGAAAGACACACGCGGUGGACGAGAAAGUGCAACAGAUCACUAAGGUGCGCGGCGAAGAAGUCAGCACCGGAUACUUCUUUGACCACCUGGCCACGGAGGAAGAUGUGCAGGUUGUAGUCAGUGAAGAGGACUUUACUGCCGCACAAAACGAGCUAGUGGGCAGCGUCAGCAAGAAAGAGCUCGAACACUUCGAAAGGAUACGGAACAUGUUUGAGGAGCAAGACAUUACCGGUGGACCCAAAGAUAGCAAGAGCAAUGGUAUUCCUGCCAAAGAUCAGCAGGUCAAGCAGCCGAAUUUCCCAUUGCGACCAGCCCCGAGCAUGACACCACCUGUUUCUCUCACGGAUCAUCAGGGACAGAAUACCGCCCAGUCAAAUGCACCUCCAGUGGAGUCAGUGCAGAGCAAGGGCAAAGGGAAACAGAGAGUUAUCACGGCAUCCAAUGUCCGCGCAUAUCCUGCAAGCACAAACACAUACAAGCAAGCAGCACGCAUUGGUAAUCCUGACUCGGGCAAUUCCUCGGAUGCAGAUGAUGAUUACGGGGUGAGCAUGUCCCAUCUCAACGGCUCGGUCGUCAACGGCACCAAUGGUGACAAGGGUAAAGCCUUAGGUAAGGGCAAAGCAAAGGAACAAACGACCCUUGAUGAGUUCGUGAAUGAUAUCGAAGGAGAUGAUGAAGAUCUCUACGAGGAUUAAGUAGGCUUUGCCUACUCAAAGGCUUUCCUGCUGGCAUGAACAUCAGAGGCCAAGGACGCUAUGCAUUCGUUGUUCGAUGCAUCAGUAUAGUCACCUUGACGAGGACAAUUUGGAAGUCACAUAUCAUCUACAGUAUUUCAGGAGCGUUCUGGUAGGAAU